CAUGAAUGCAAUAGUGUGUGGCAAAGCCAGGCAAGGCUGGUAGAGAUCAUUUACAUUUUAAAAUACGUACGACUACGACAGUCAAGUCGGUGCGUUGCAACGCUCGUCGAUUGUUUUUGUUCGCUCCUGCGUCCGCUAUUGCUGUUAUCCAUAUUUACCCGCUGCAUCCACUAAAGUUUGGUUUGUUGUUUUUUCGGAGGGUGGCAUUCGAAAUCUCGGCGUGCCGCGCGUAAGUUCGUUGACAGAUGCUAGACAAAAUAGCAUCGGGUAUGGUUCUGUUUAAGAUAGUUAAUGAACGGUUUUUUCGUUUUUGAAUUAUUAUAUUUAUAUAUGGGUUGACUUUAUUUUUUUGUGGUGAUUUUCGUGUUUUAUUUUUGACAUGAUGGUUUUGAGUGGUAUUUUUGUGGCUUGGACUAUGGAAGCUAUAUUGGAGUUUACGAUUUUUUUGGGAUUUUUGUAUUGGGCUUUUCCCGGGCUAUUCUCCGAGGGGUUCAUAAGAGUGAACAAAAUGGUGGACAUUGUUACGAACAGGGUAUUUGAUACUUACAAUAGAUUCUCUCCAUCAAACAAUCAUCAUUCUGAGUCUCUAGCUACCUUAACUACACUUAGGAGGUUUUCCAAAGACCAAAAAUUCAAGAAAGCUCUAACACGAGAGGCGGAUAUAAAAGCCAGAGAAGCUCAACUGUUUCACAUUAAAGAAAACGCCCCUGAGGUUCAGUUAAUGAAGAGGCGGCCCUUCAUGGGGCUCAGCUGUCAAAAUUGUACUCUCACGAGUAGGGAAUCGCUCGUUAACAAAACUACCGAAACUCUAGCUCUAAAAAACAUCCUCGACUAUCAACUACCGACAAACUCGAAUGGAUUCCUUCAACGAACGUUCUCCCAUCUGCAUCAAGUGUGCCAACUCAAAAAAUACAACUUUCCCCAAGUGGCCGAUUUAGUUUUGCAGGAUGGCCGUCUUAAGGACGCCAUCGAGAAGACGACGAUUCAACAAUUUCACGAUUCCAAUAACAGCGACGAGGAAUUUUAUCAGAGGUUAUUAAAGAACAAUCGACAACGUGCGAAGAAAUUGUUAUUUGAUAUGAGGUCGACACUAUCGGAUUUUUUAUUGAGAUUUACUUCUUGGGUGUGUUACAAACUUCUUCCAUGUUUCUUGACAUCAGUAGUAGUGCAUCCGGGUCAAGUGGAGAUGUUAAAAAAGGCUGCUAAAUCCAGUUUACCUCUAAUAUUCUUACCAUUGCACAGGUCUCAUUUGGAUUAUAUACUUAUAUCUUUUAUUCUAUUGAAUAAUGAUAUUCGUUCUCCACUUGUUGCUGCUGGGGAUAAUUUGAGAAUACCAUUCUUUGGUUCUCUACUGCGAGGACUUGGGGCAUUUUUCAUUAAACGUCGGAUAGACCCAGUGAUGGGACGUAAAGAUCACGUAUACAAAGCCGUUUUACACACUUAUAUGAACAUGUGCUUAAGAGCGGGACACAACAUAGAAUUCUUCUUAGAAGGCGGCCGCACAAGAACCGGAAAACCUUGUAUGCCAAAAUAUGGAAUUCUUAGCGUAAUAUUGGAAACUUUUAUGGAUGGUACUAUAGAAGAUGCGUUAUUGGUGCCAGUUAGUGUGAAUUACGAAAAAUUAGUCGAUGGUAACUUUAUAAGAGAACAAUUAGGACAGCCCAAGGAAAUGGAGACAUUUGGUACCGCUGUACGUGGUAUUUGGAAAGUUCUUAAUAGCAAUUAUGGAAUGAUGAGGAUUGAUUUCAAUCAGCCAUUUUCAUUAAGGGAGUUAGUUAAAACUUUCAAUGCAAAUGGAAAUAUAGUUAUACCAAAUGGCGUAUCUAAUAAAGUUUUAAAAUCAAAUCCAUCCAUGUCGAGUUUGUAUGGUACAGAUGUAGUUUCAGAACCACAUAAGAACCUUGUAGAAAGUAUAUCGAAACAUAUCAUUUAUGAUUGUGCUCAAUCAACUUCUGUGAUGUCGACGAACGCGUUGGCCUAUUUAUUACUAACCAAAUUUAGGGAUGGAGCCAGUAUUGAGAAACUAGUGGUAGCUUUAGACGAUCUAAGAAGUGAAUUAAAUUACGCGAGAAGAGAUAUUGGAUUCACUGGGGAUUCAAUUGAUGUUAUCAACUAUGCUGUUGAAAAGUUAGGUCCGGGAUUAAUUAGGAAAGAAAAACACAACAACGAGGACAUAAUCAAACCAAUUGCAAUCUUGCCCAACGUCAUCGAACUGUCGUAUUACAGCAAUACUCUAGUAACGCAUUUCGUUUUGGAAUCGGUGAUAGCCAUAGCGAUAGAAGCGAUAGACAAAUCUUCAGGAAACGUAAUUCACCAGGAACUGGUCGAGAAUGUCCAAGAACUCUGUGAUAUAUUACAGUAUGAAUUUUUGUUUAGCAAACCGUGCCAAAGUCUGGAACAUGUGAUUACUAGUUGUGUGGAUGAUUUAGUUUAUAGGAAACAAAUAUUUUUAGUGAAUGACGAACAAGACACAGAACUAAAUAGUCGAAGUCGAAGAUUAGCAAGACAGCUCGAGGACGAAGACGAUGAAAACUUUGAAGAAAAAGUGCCGCAGAAGAUAUACAAAGUAAAUCCUAACAAAGAAGCCGUCGAUACACUGAAAUAUUUGAGGGUGGCCGUAACUCCCUUGAUAGAAACGUAUGCGGUAACGGCAUUCACUUUAGACAAAUUGGUGGGAAGACAGCUGCUCGAAAGCGAGUUAAUAAAUGAUAUACUGGCGGAAAUACAAUCUCAAUUGUCUUCUGGAGGAGUUGAAUACGGUGAAAGUGUAUCUGUGGACACAAUAAAAAAUGCCCUGAAACUUUAUCAACAUUGGGGUAUCAUCGAGUGCCAUUCAGAGAAAAAAUUGAGAUUGUAUUAUCUUAAAGAAUCUCAAGACGGUUCUGAAUUCGUUAAGGCUCUAUACCAUAGGGUGCAAAAGUUCCGAUAGAAAUGAAUUUGUAGACUUAUUUUUUUUAAUAUAGUUUUUUUUUAUCCAAGUGUAUAUGAGACUAAUAUAAAUUUGAAAGAAACUAAAACAUUCUACUUUUGGAGCUAAAAAUGUUUUAGUAUUUCUAGCUUUAAUAGCAAACGGUGAAAUAGAUCUUUUUUAAUGGGUUUUAGAUCAAAUAUCGAAAGGUGCUACACAACGGAGACAAUAAUUUAUUUACUAAGUAUUUUAGACGAAUGUUCCUUAGAAGAAAGCACAACUAGUUAAAAAUUAAUAAUAACAAAUAUUAUAUUCUGUAUUGUCUAACAACGUUUUUUUUUAAUACAUUUUGUUUUAAAUCAAUGUGGUUUAAAUUAGAUGAGCGAGUUGGAAAUAUUUUAUAAAAAGUUUUCAUUUUAAUAUUUUUAAUUGAAUGCUGGUCGACUAAUAUGAUCAUUUCCAAACACAAACAAAAAUAUGCAAAUUUUAACAGGAAUACUAAAAUUUUCAGGAUAAUUUUGUCGAUAAAAAAUCGUUACUACAAAAAAAAACGAAGAUUCAAUAUAUCAGUUUUCAUACAUAAAUGUUCUGCAUAUUUAUGAUCUGCUUCCGUUUAUACCAUUUAUUUUCAAUUGUAUAAUUAAGCGUGCUCUUAUUUCUUUUAUUGAACAUAUUGAAUUUAAAAAUAAUAUUUUGGAAUCUCGGUAAUUCUGUUUCUUCAAUAAAAUUACAACUCUAAAUAAUAAUUAUCUUUUUUUUUUAAUCUAGUACAUGUGACUGAAACUUAAAAGUGCCUCUUCGAAUUUACCAACUGCGCACAAAAUUUUAGAAUCACAUACACUUGACAGAUCAAUAGAUUAGGAUUAAAUUCGUGUAUAGUUUGUACAUUAGGAUUUUUAUGUGGUCGAGUUUUUUUUUAUAAGAAUUGCUCAUACGGUUGCAUUUUAAUAAAAUGUUGAGAACUGUGAUAAAUCUUAUUUUGAUUUGGUGUCUUCGUAUGAUGAAUAAUGUAAUGUUGAAAUAAUAAAAACAUUAAUUAUAUUUGUUUUAUUUUUUUGUGAUAAUACAUACAAGGGUGUUCUUUGG